GGGGUAUAAAUAAUUAUUAUAGUGGACUUAAUGGGUGAAUCAUCUUAUUUUUUAAGACGACUAUACAUGUAAUGCUGGAGUUAGUAAACAAAAGUCAUUUUAUAUAUAAAAUAAUCUUGAAUAUUAGUAUCCCCACUAGGUAAUAGGGACCAUUAUGAGUGUAUUAGAAGUUGGAGUUCAGUAAGCAACCUUUUUUUUUUUUUUUUUUUUUUUUUUUUUUUUUUUUUUUUUUUUGAAAGCAGGCAGCAAAUUUCAUUAAAAUAGAUCGUGAAGUUUUAGUAAGCAACUAAUAAUACUAGUAUCGAGAUUAAUUUAGAAAAAAUGAACUUGUGUAGGAAGAAAACUUGUGUUGAUGUUGUUGGUUCGAUUCCGGUUUACCUCAAUGUUUACGAUAUUACUCCUAUUAUUAAUAGUUAUACGUAUUGGCUCGGCCUUGGUGUCUACCACUCGGAUGUACAAGUUCAUGGAUUCGAGUACUUAUUUGGAGCACACAUUUACCCGUCAACAGGGAUAUUCGAGGAGGAUCCAAAGAGAUGCAAAAGAUUCAAAUUAAGAAAGACAAUAUUGAUAGGAUGGACAGAGUUAGAGGCAGAGGAAGUGAAGAAAGUGAUGAAGGAAUUCUCAAAGGAGUAUAAAGGGAAUGCUUAUAAUCUUAUUACAAAGAAUUGUAACCAUUUUAGCAAUGAUGUUUGCAAGAAGCUCACUGGGAAUCAUAUUCCAACUUGGGUUAAUCGCCUCGCUCGAAUAGGAAUGGUAUUUAACUGUGUGAUUCCGGCGAGUAUAACGACAACGAGGAUCCAGCAACAGCAGACUCGUAGAAAAGAGAAAAGAGCCAAGGGAAGGAUCAAGCAAACAAGAAAAUAGAGAAUUGCAAAACAAAAUCAGUGACAACUUCUUCACCUUUGAUAUAGCAACAAACUAGUACAUAGUUAGAGCUUGUUUUACAAGGUCAAGUAACUAGAUGCGAUGUUGUAUAAGUUUAACUUGUUUAUCUUGGCUACUUUCACAAUUAAUCAAGUUUUAUUCAUAUACUGUUUUUACAUC